GUUUCGGAAUUUAAGGGGCCCGCCCGCUCGAUUUCAUCCCAGGAGUCGGUUUGGAUGGAAGUGGUGGCUGGGUGGUGAACGGCGUUUGGUCAUGGGUCCUGUGCGGUUGGGGACGUUGCUUUUCCUUGUAGGGGUGUGUGGUAUUUGGGCUGCGACGCCGAAGGACGAGGAUGAUGACACAGAGCGGUUGCCCAGCAAAUGCGAAGUGUGCAAGUUGCUGAGCCUGGAACUUCAGGAAGAAUUGAGUCGCACAGGCCGGUCUCGAGAAGUGCUGGAACUGGGGCAGGUGUUAGACACAGGCAAGAGGAAGAGACACGUCCCUUACAGUGUUUCAGAGACCAGGCUGGAGGAGGCCUUGGAGAACCUGUGUGAGCGGAUCCUGGACUACAGCGUCCAUGCUGAGCGCAAGGGCUCACUCAGAUAUGCCAAAGGGCAGAGUCAAACCAUGACCACACUAAAGGGCCUGGUGCAGAAAGGAGUGAAGGUGGAUCUGGGGAUCCCUCUGGAGCUGUGGGACGAGCCCAGUGUGGAGGUCACCUACCUCAAGAAGCAGUGUGAGACCAUGUUGGAGGAAUUUGAGGAUGUCGUGGGAGACUGGUACUUCCACCACCAGGAACAGCCCCUGCAGAAGUUUCUCUGCGAGCGGCAUGUGCUCUCAACCGCUGACACAGGGUGUUUAAAGGAAAGCUGGACAGGGGAGGAGAAGAUUCCAGAUGAACAAAUGAAGAUGGAAGAGCAAGAGCAAGAUAAUGAGGAUGAAGAGAAGGAAGAAAACAUGACCAGCAGGCCAGGUCACUCUAAGCAUGACCAAGAGGACCUUUGAGCCCUGCUUUUGAGCCUCUAGAAGCACAGGCUAUGGAGAACCUUGAAGUCUGAGCUCUGCCUCCCCCGCAGCUUUAACCGUGGGGGCAUGUGUGAGUGACCUCAGCCCAGUGCUAGUAGCUGUUCUCCCUCAUUUGGUGAAUGCUGCAGGAGUACGCCCUACCCAAACCAACCUGUUAUCUAGUCGAUCAGGACAGCUUUGCCUGUCCAUCUCCUUCCUGCCCACACACUCAGAAGUUGGUGAUGCAAGGGAUCCUGGGGCCUUGGAAAAGUCACUGCCCCACCAACAGGUCUGUUUCUAGGCCUUUCUUUCUGGAAGAAGCCAGAUUGGACAGUCUCUACACAUUCACACCCUCUCUGCACCCAGGAGGCCACUUUCUAACAAUCAACAAAUGGGGACAGGCUGGGUUGGGAUUUAGGUAGAGGAGAUAGCUGGUUUACUUUUGCUUCACUGAAGCAAAUUAUAUGACUAUCAUAUAAUUUUACAGGUGCCAACUUUUCUAUAUUCCUAGUAAACUUUUUCAAAUAUAAAA